GUGUAGCUUGGAGUCUAGGUUUGGAUCCACUGACAAACUUGACGUACAAGCAGACGACUCGGUCUCUACUCGCUCAGAACAGUGACAGAGCUGUCAGAAUGGCUGAAACUGUGCCGGCGGGGAUACACGUCCGCUUUGUUGAUGACAUUGCAGUCCUGUGGCUGAAUGAUGGUGAGAACCGACUGAACAUAAACUCUGUGCGUGCUAUGAAUGCCGCCUUGGACCAGGUCGAAAGCAAUGAAUCCACCAAAGCCCUGAUUAUCACCGGCGUGGGCAAGUACUUCAGCUGUGGACUUGAUCUAGAUUGGUUGAGCAAGCAAGACACCACAACUGUGACGACCUUCUUUGAAUUGUUUGAUACUUUUAUGGACAGAGUGUUGGUCUACCCAAUGCCCACUGUGGCAGCCCUCAAUGGUCAUGCAUAUGCUGCUGGUGGAUUUCUUGCCAUGGCUUGUGACUAUCGCAUCAUGAGGACGCAGCGUGGUUGGUUCUGUUUCCCUGAGAUCAACAUCAAAAUGGCGAUUCAGCCCUCCAUAGCUAACAUGAUCAGGAUGAAGAUACGGGAUAACAUCGUUUUCCGAGACAUGGUGAUGUACGGCCAGAGAGUGACCGGUGAGGAGGCCAAGGAGAAGGGUGUGGUUGAUGAGUGUGUGGACAUGAAGGAUCUGAUGAACACUGCCAUAGCCUUCACCAAGCAACGCAUAGGUGCGGCUGGUUUUGACAGGACGAUUGUUUACCAGAUGAAGCAUAAUUUGUACGGGAUUAACAUUGAGAAGAAACCAAGAGAUAUCGCUGCUGCUGCUGACGGUAAGGGCAGAAUGCAGGAGCGAUUCAAGCACGCCCACAAGGCAAGGCUGUGAACAUGACUACCCCAAGAGCUGUGGUUUGUAAAACCGAUUCUUGGACUUGGAUGAUUGGACCUGGGUACGUAACUUCUGAAACUGGGCUCCUAACUUGAAAAGAUAAACUGAAAAAUGGAACCAGAAAAUGACUUGUGGUUGAUAAUUUGUUGGAGAUGCCAAAGUUGAUGGAUUCAAUCAGUUAUAAGCUGGUAAGGAUUUUCACCACCUGUUGUUCAUGCAUGGAGGCCUUACUGCAGCGAAGGUUGAUGCAUGAAGUUGGAAACAUCAGUUGAAAUUGUUUGUUGCUAUCACAUGCAUGUAUUAAGAAGUGUCAAGUGUGCAAAGAAUGAAUUAGAAUAUGUUUGCUUAAAACUGCCAACCGAUUUUCUUCAGGAUAAUUUUAGCGUAAAUUGGAAUGCGCUCUAAAUCGUCAGUUUAGUGUUUCCUUAGUGUUUGCUUUGAAGAAAGUACGACAAUGAAUUUGUAAGUGUUUACAUUCAAAUGUAGUCGCCAGCGAAGACGCUGAAGAGUACAUCAUUUUGCUUAUGCUAGAGGCUAAGAACGCAUGCAAUUAUUUUUAUCAAUUUUCCGUUGGAAUUAAAAAAAACAAACUAAGACAUGCCAUUCUGAGAAAAAGUUAAAUCAAAAAUAAGUUUUCAGAGGUUCAUGUUUCGACGGAAUUCUCAUCAACAAGAAAGAAUAAUAUGACACCUUUAAAAAAAUUCGAAAUUAUGUUGCGAAGAUAGCACUUCAUUUGCUAAGUGCAUAAAAUACAAAUGUGUAUGAUGUGUGCUCAAAAGGUUCUUGAAAAGACCAAAAUCUUGUCGAUAAUGGAAAUACAACAAACAUUCAGACACAGGUCCAUUAAUUAUCAGUUUAAUUUGCAAUGAAUAUGCUUUCAAUAUUAGCUUACAGCUUGUCACCCCAAAAAGAAAAUAAUGUACGCAGAAAUCUUCUUCCCUUCAGUAUGCCAAUCUGUUCAGUGUGAUACAAGUCCUUUUUUUAUUCAAAGAAUGUAAACUAAUGAAAAUACAAAUCUCUAUUUUGUAUUAUUGUUUUAAUUGUUUUAAUAUCAUAAUUAAAUAAACAGAGCUUGAAUAGUA